AUGACGCCGUCACCUUCGUUGUCCACCGCUCGUGCUUCCUCCGAGCAGCGUUCCGUGCACUCUGACAGACCUGAACGCUCUCGGAAUGCUAAAGCCCAAGCCAGGCACCGUGCAAAGCGAAAGGCAUACAUUGAACAGUUGGAACAAACAGUGACGAAGCUGCAGACAGUGCUAGCACUUUCGCCGGACCAGGUGGCUGCGCUGCCUCCGCCUCUGCUCCGAAUCCGUGAAUUGGAGCAGGAAAAUGAGCUCCUCCAUCGCGAACUGGACGAGCUGCGCCAACAGGUCGAAUUGCGCAAUGCGCAAUUGCGACCAGACGUCAACCGUCGCGAACACUUCGCGGUGAAUGAUGACCGUCGCUCGGAGCGCGAUCUCAGACGCAGGAGGACCGUUGAGUCCGGUGAUAUCUAUCUACAUUCCAAUGAGCCUCAUUCACAUAGUCCACCGCCUCCGCUGAUGAUACCCUCCUCGACUCACUUUUCUCAACAUUCGCCACAGGCGAUACCAUACCCUAAAUCCCAGUCCUCUACACUUUAUCCUUCGUAUGGACUGUCUUACCAGAUGCCUGGCACUCCGUCGGGAUCGAGUACUACUAGUGCUUCAAGCCCUUCGUUCUCGCCCUCUGAUUACAUGCCCUCGCCACACUCUCAACAUCGGGCCGCGCCGUCACCGAUUUCUAACGUGCUGUCGCAGUACUCACACACGCCUACUCAGUACGAACUAGUCAAACUUGAAGAAGACCCCUACUCGCGUCAUAAUGUGCCUCACGCGAACGGCUACAGCGUUUCUUUGCCUCCUUUUGCCUCCAACCAGCCGGCUCUCAAUCACUGGCACGCGUACUCGUCAGAACGAGCGUGA